GGUUUAUAAGUAGUUGACUUGCCGUGUGUAAUAUUAUUAUUUACCAUAACGCGCGAACCUACAAAAUAGAUAAUGGUAAUGGUGGUUAAUCGCAAAACACAAAAGGACUGAGUGUAUUCUAAUGGUGCUUCAUCGGCCCUAAUUCGGCAACGAAUAAUACACCUUAGGAUCGGACUUUCUGCAUCCUUGCUGUUACUUAUCAGAUACUAGAUUAAAAAAGACAAUCAAAUUCUUAGAGAUAAAGCCUAAAAUGGGAGGAUCUGGAAGCUUUUCAAGGUGAACGAUCACCAGAAUUAGGGAACGGGUAGAAUCACUUACGAUUUAUCAUAUCUCCAUGCUCAAUGAUAUGAAGAGGUCUUAUUGCCACCAGCCGAGUUUGCGAACACAAGUGCGGAGCUGCACUUCGGUUUUGUACAAUCCAACAGCCACAAAGACGAUUUCAUCAGAGGCUCCAGUAUUAGAGUACUCAUUUCUAUUCAGCUUGGACCAAUAAGGUACAAUCAAAAAUAUAUCAUAUAUUCAUAGCUCUAGGAUUUGAUGUACUGCUUCACCUGUGCCAAAACCUCCUUCUUCAUCUUAUACCCAUGCACUUCAGGGUCCGGAUAUGACUGAGAAAUAAGAUCCGCUUUGUACUGCUGCAAACCUUCGACUGCAGUCUCAUAUAAAUUUGCAUACUCCUUGACAAACUUGGACUUUGGCGCAUUACUGGGCCCGUUCAUACCUAGCAUAUCGGCCAUGACGAGCACAUGACCCGAGCACCCAGGGCCAGCUCCAAUGCCAAUGGUUGGAAUAUUCAAGUUUUCGGUAAUGAGCAGGGCAAGUUUAUUGGGGAUACAUUCUAAUACCACCGCAAACGCCCCUGCCUUCUGGAGGGCUAAACAGUCCUUGUAUAUGUUCAUGGCACUUUCGGUGGUGGCACCUUGCAACUUGAAACCCGAAAGAGUAUUGUGUCUUUGUGGAGUUAGUCCCACAUGACCAAUAACUGGGAUUCCUGCUGCCACAAUCUUCGACACCACCGGAGCCACUUCGAGGCCACCCUCUAGUUUGAUUCCCUGCACUCUUCCUGAUUUGACCAUUUUUAUCGAUGUCUCAAGUGCUUGGUCAGCCGAUAUUUCAUAAGAGCCAAACGGAAGGUCUGCAAUUAGCAAGGACUUGGAGUUACCUCGAGACACCGAGCGGACAUGGUAGAGAAAUUCGUCAAAGCUGACCUCAUUAGUAUCGUCAUACCCCAAUGCCACCAUUGCCAAUGAGUCACCAAUAAGGUUUAUGUCAAUUUGUGCCUGCUCAGCGAAUUUUGCAGUAAUGAAGUCAUGACUAGUAACCAUGGAAAUCGGGACCUUUUGAUGGUACAUCAGGUAUAUAUCGGCAAUGGUGUUUCUGGUGGUGGCAUGUUUGAACGACAGAUACACCCGGUUCGUGCUAGAAAGGGAUCUUAUGGAUCUGAACAUGAUUGAUUUAAAAUUUUUCAGCCGAGGAAGAAGGUGUAGUAACACUUUUUGAAAGGUGGGGAACUAGAAAGUGCGGUUAUAUGAAUAUUAAAUGAAGUGGUAAAUGAGGUGUAAUACUCAAUACAAAUGAGGUUUUGGGCUCGCUAUGGUUAUUGCUUCAGAUAUUGCAGGUAAGUCGUGCAGUUGGGCAGUUGGCAAUCUCCAACAAAAGCGGUGCGAAAUUCUGAAAGUUAACAGUAUCAUAAUCAUCAUGACCACAAUUGACAAUUCAUUCAUCAUUAACCACUCGUGUCUCCGUGUCAAAGACCCCAAGGUGUCUAUCCCCUUCUAUGAAAACAACUUCGGCAUGAAGUGCAUCAGACGCCUUCACUUUGACGGGUUCUCCUUAUACUUGUUAGGGUUUGAGACAGAGGCCAACAAAGACAAAUCCUGGGGUGCCCGGGAAGGGGUUUUGGAAUUGUGCCACAAUCACGGCUCAGAAGACGACGAUUCCUUCAAGGUUAACAACGGUAACGGCACUGAAAACAGAGGGUUUGGUCAUAUUUGUGUUUCUGUUGAUAACAUCCAGGUUUGCGAAGCCAACCUUUUGGCCAAUGGUGCCAAAUUCCAGAAAAAAUUGAGCGACGGCAGACAGAAGGACAUUGCGUUUGUAUUGGAUCCUGAUGGAUACUGGGUCGAGUUGGUUGAGCAUCAGCGCAACAAGACCGAAGCCAAGACCGAUCUUUCCACCUACAAAUUCAACCAUACGAUGAUCAGAGUGAAAGAUGCCAAAAAGUCGUUGGACUUCUACAAAAACAAGUUUGGUAUGAAGUUACUCUCGACUUUCGACUUCCCAGAUGCUCGCUUUACGUUGUUCUUCUUGGGAUACGACCAUGCCAACAAUCAUGAAGAAAACUCCAUCGACAAAAAGGUCCGGCAUUUCCAGGAAUCGUUGCUCGAGUUGACCUACAACUAUGGCACUGAAGAAGAUACUGAUUUCCACUACCACAACGGAAAUUCCACCGACAACGGUGCCAUCCAGGGCUAUGGUCAUAUUGGUGUCAGUUGUAAAGAUCCAGCUACUUUUUGUAAGCAACUUGAAGACAAGUAUGGAGAUGAAUUAGACUGGUCGGUCCAGUGGGGGAAGGGUCUGUUGACUCCCAACUUGGCGUUUAUCAGGGACCCUGAUGGGUACAGUGUUGAGAUCAUCCCACUUGAUAUUUUCAGUGACGACUCCAAAUUGUAAGUAUUUAUACGUUUAUAGUGGUUCAGGACCGAGUUUAUAUAUUGUGAAUCCUGUGCCCAUAUGGCCUAAAGUACGUGUUUUAUAAUUCGGCUUACCAAUAACUACU